UCAAGAGGUGUUUUGAUUCCUCCACGGCUGAACGAUGCAGCAAAUCUGGCUCUCCCUUCUGUCCGGCCUUAGUCUUCACCUGGUUUUUCUCUGCCGGGCCGAGGAAGGUCUGGAGUUCCCAAACUUUGACGGCAAGGACAGGGUGCUGGACGUCAACGAGCGCAACUACAAGAAGGCGCUGCGGAGAUAUGACCUGCUGUGCCUGUUCUACCACGAACCUGUGCCGGCCAGCAAGGGCCUGCAGAAGCAGUUCCAGAUGACCGAGCUGGUGCUGGAGCUUACAGCUCAAGUCCUGGAGAACAAAGACAUCGGUUUUGGAAUGGUGGACGCCCAAAAAGACGCCAAAGUAGCAAAAAAAUUAGGUUUGGAGGAGGUGGGCAGCUUGUACGUCUUCAAGGAGGACCGGGUCAUUGAGUUCGACGGGGAGCUGUCGGCAGACACGUUGGUGGAAUUUCUCUUGGAUGUGCUGGAGGACCCAGUGGAGAUCAUCAGUAAUGCCAUGGAGCUGCGAGCUUUCGAGAGAAUGGAAGAAGACAUCCGACUUAUCGGUUACUUCAAAGGAGAGGACUCUCACUUCAAAGCUUUUCAGGAAGCCUCGGAGAGAUUUCAGCCUUACGUCAAGUUUUUUGCGACGUUCGAUAAAUCUGUGGCCAAACAUCUGUCCCUAAAGAUGAAUGAAGUAAAUUUUUACGAGCCGUUCAUGGAGGAGCCGGCCAUCUUACCUGGAAGACCUCUAUUAGAGAUGGAUAUCGUCGAUUAUGUCAACCAACACAGGAGGGCUACCUUGAGGAAGCUCCGGGCUGAGAAUAUGUUUGAGAUAUGGGAGGACGACACAGACGGGAUACAUAUUGUUGCCUUUGCUGAGGAAGAAGAUCCAGAUGGCUACGAGUUCCUGGAGAUCCUGAAAGAUGUGGCCAGAGACAACACCAACAACCCAGAGCUCAGCAUCAUCUGGAUCGAUCCAGACGACUUCCCCCUGCUGACCACUUAUUGGGAGAAAACCUUCAGACUGGACCUGUUUAGGCCACAGAUUGGUGUGGUCAAUGUCACAGACGCCGAUAGCGUUUGGUUGGACAUGUCAAACGACGAGGACCUGCCCACGGCAGAGGAGCUGGAGGACUGGAUUGAGGACGUUCUGUCAGGGAGGAUAAACACCGAGGACGAUGACGAAUACGACCAGGAUCACUACGUCGUGGACGACAGCGAUGAAAGUCCAAACCAAGAUGAAGAAGAAGACGACGACGAUUAAACCAACUAGAGUUGUUCUACUGAACAGAAAUAGUCAUGUUACGAUUAGAGCUUCACACAUUUGUCAUCUAUUGAUAAAAGCAAACUAGAACGUACAACAAUUUUAAAUUUUAGACCAAAAGUAAAAGUAGUUUUAAAAGAUAAAGCGCAACACUUCUAAUAU